UACGGCGUCGGUUAACAUUGGGCUCUAGAAAAAAAUGGCGACGUCCUGUCGGUUGCGUUUUGCAGCCAGUAGGUUCGUGGGUCAUAAAAGUUGUUUCGUAGCGUUUGUAAGGUCUGUGAGCGGCGGGCCGCAAAGUUCCCCGCAAACUGAAGAGGCCCUGAGAGAUCACAACACGAACUUCGGCUAUGAGAAGGUUUCCGAGAACGAGAAGGCCGAGAAAGUUCGUCAAGUUUUCAGCCGUGUGGCGGAAAAGUACGACUUGAUGAACGAUGCGAUGAGUGCGGGAAUUCAUCGCCUCUGGAAGGACAGGUUGAUCUCGGUCCUGGGCCCUUUGCCCGGAAUGCAACUCGUCGAUGUUGCUGGGGGAACCGGAGACAUUUCAACGAGGUUCAUCCAAGCCGUGAGGUAUCAGGAGCUCCAAGCCAAUGACAACUUGGAUUUGGAUCUCGGAGAUGGCUCAUCUAGUCAGCGUGCACACGCUUUUGUUGUAGACAUCAACAGAGAAAUGCUGGAAGCCGGCAAACGACGCAAUGAUCUCCUUUAUCCUGAUAUAUCGUGGACUCAGGGGGACGCCGAAGAGCUGCCAUUUGGUGAUGGCCAGUUUGACGCGUACACUAUCGCAUUUGGUAUUCGCAACGUCACUCAUAUUGACAAGGUGCUUAGCGAAGCGUAUCGCGUACUGAAGCCUGGGGGAAGAUUUCUUUGUUUGGAGUUCAGCCAUGUAAAAAACCCACUGCUGCGUAGCAUCUACGACAAUUACUCCUUCCAAGUGAUACCAGUGAUGGGCCUACUGUUGGCGCGAGACUGGAAAUCAUAUCAGUACUUAGUUGAGAGCAUUCGCAAGUUUCCAUGCCAGGAGCUGUUCAAGGAUAUGAUCCAUGCGGCAGGUUUCGAAGAGGUCACCUAUGAAAACCUGAUGAAUGGAGUAGCUGCCAUUCAUUCCGGCUUCAAGCUUUGACAGACGCAAGAGAGAUAACCGGGACAGCCUCGCUUUUUAUUCACUGCACUCGGUUUGCAUCACAAUUACGAAAAAUUGUUGAAACAUCAUCUUGUUCCUUGCUGGUGUGUACAUAGGUAAUGUAUAUAGUAUUGCAGGGUGCUGGUGAAUUAUAUAAAUGAACUUAUUUAUGAAAGUAUC